UUGACUCUUCCGGCCCGGCCAGUUCUCCCUCAGCAGCCACGUGGCUGUUUCUUUCAGAGGAGAUUCUCAGACUCCGCCCGGGGUUGCACUUGCCGCCAUUUCCGAGUCCCUCUGUUACUUUCGCUUUCAAACUCCGUAAAUGCUGCCAGAGGACGGUACGUUUAUCUGUGUGGAACAACAACAGGAUUCUUUAAAAACAAUAAAAUAAAAAACCAACCCUGCUAGAAAUGGCUAUGAUCAAACGGCAGCUAUUUGAUACCCAGAAGUAGCCGGGCAUCUUGAUAAAAUGAAAUAAUUUAUAGUUUGAGGGGACUAUCUCGACAAAGCCUGAGGCUUUCAGAAGGACAGACCGCUCCCUAAGCACCAUGAAACGUCUUAGAAGGAUCAAUCAGAUGAUGUUUCAAUGAAGAUGAAGGUUCUCUGGUUCUGCCACAGCUCUGGAUUCAUCUCCUCUCUGCCUGGUUUUAUUAUUUAUUUUAUAACUGUUUAUGUUCAGAAGUUGGAACCAGCACAGUUUAAAGUGGUUGGACCGGACCACCCUGUCACUGCCAUUGUGGGUGAAGAGAUUGUGUUACCCUGUCACCUGUCCCCCAGGAUGAGCGCUGAGAACAUGGAGGUGACAUGGUUCCGGUCCCAGCUCUUCCCAUUUGUUCAUUGCUAUAGUGAUGGAAAGGAUCAGUACAGGCAGCAGAUGCCAGAAUAUCAGGGAAGGACAGAGCUUUGGAAAGAUGGUCUGACUAAUGGGAGUGUUGCCUUGAGAAUUUUCAGUAUCAGACUCUCUGAUGAAGGACAGUACAGGUGUUUUGUUCUAGACGGUAUCUUUUAUGAAGAAGCACGACUGGAACUAAAGGUGGCAGCUUCAGGUUCUGCUCCUCAUAUCUUUGUUGAGGAUUACCAGGAUGGAGGGAUCCGAGUGGUGUGCCGAUCAACUGGAUGGUACCCAGAGCCCGAAGUGCUGUGGAGAGAUCUCAAGGGACAGCCCUUACCUUCAUCCUCUCAGACAAAUUCCCGAGAAGCCAGCGGACUGUAUAAAACAGAAACUUCUAUCAUUAUAACAGAAAAUUCAAAUCAUAACUUGUCCUGUUUGGUCAGGAACACCCACCUCAGCCUGGAAAAGGAAUCAUUAUUUUAUAUAUCAGAUCCCUUUUUCCCAAAGGUGAAUCCCUGGAUGGUGGAUCUGGGUGUGAUCCUGGUGGUUUUGCUUGGUUCCUUUGCCCUUAGUGCUUAUCUCUUCAAGAUCAAAGAUCAAGUGACAGUGAAGAAGAUGAAGAUUCUCUCAUUCUGCCACAGCUCCAGAACCAGCUCCCCUCUGCCUGGGUUUACUGUUUUCUUCCUUAUUUGUUAUGUUCACAGGAUGGAAUCAGCAAAGUUCACAGUGAUUGGAUCCCGUGACCCUGUCACUGCCAUCCUGGGUCAGGAAACUGUGUUACCCUGUCACCUGUCCCCCCGGAUGAGUGCUGCAAAUAUGGAGGUGAGAUGGUUCCGCUCCGAGUUUGCAUCCUUUGUGCACCUGUAUCAUGAUGGGAAGGAUCAGUAUGAAGGGCAGAUGCCAGAGUAUCAGAGAAGAACAGAGCUUUUGAAAGCCGGACUCACAGAUGGAAAUAUUCCCUUGAGGAUUCUCAAUAUCAGACUCUCUGAUGAAGGAGAAUACCAUUGCUUUGUUCAAGAUGAUACUUUUUACGAAGAAACUGUAUUGGAACUGCGGGUAGCAGGUCUGGGCUCUGCUCCUCUCAUCUCUGUUGAGGGUCAACAAGAUAAAGGGAUCCAAGUGGUUUGUCGAUCAGCUGGUUGGUACCCAGAGCCUGAGGUGCUGUGGAGAGAUCUCAGUGGGCCAUUACCAUCACUCUCUGAAACAACAUCCCGAGGGUAUAAGAACCUGUUUGAAACAGAAACUGCGAUCAUUGUAACAGAACAUUCAAACCAAAACUUGUCCUGUUGCAUCAGGAACACCCUUCUCAAUCAAGAAAAGGAAUCAGCUGUUUACAUAGCAGAUUCCUUUUUCCCGAGGGUGAAUCCCUGGAUGGUGGCGCUGAGUGUGAACUUGGUGGUUUUGUUUGGUUUCAUUGGCCUCACUGUUUAUCUGUUUAAAAUGAAAGGGAAACUUACUGAAGAAGUUGUGAAACGAGAUCUAGAAAUUGGCAAACGAAAUAUAGAAAUUGACCUACGAGAUAAAGAAAUAAGCAAAAGAGAUACAGAAAUUGACCUACGAGAUAAAGAAAUAAACAAACGAGAUAUAGAAAUUGCCAUACGAGAUAAAGAAAUAAGCAAACGAGAUAUAGAAAUUGACAAACGAGAUAAAGAAAUAAGCAAACGAGAUAUAGAAAUUGAGAAACGAGAUAACGAGAUAAGCAAACGAGAUGCAGAAAUUGACAAACGAGAUAAAGAAAUAAGCAAACGAGAUAGAGAAAUUGAGAAACGAGAUAACGAGAUAAGGUGGAGAAGAUCUGUGGCACCUAUAGAAGAAGCGAAUGUGACUCUGGAUCCAGACACGGCUCAUCCCCAACUCAUCCUGUCUGAGGAUGGGAAAAGUGUGAGAUGGGGAAAUACAGGGCAGCGACUGCCCGACACCCCUGAGAGAUUUGACUCUGAGCUCUGUGUACUGGGCUGAGAGGGAUUCACCUCAGGGAGACGUUGCUGGGAGGUGAAGGUGGGGAGUGGGCGAUACUGGGCUGUGGGGGUGGCCAGAGUGUCUGUGGGGAGAAAGGGAUGGAUCAGCCGUAGCCCUUAUGGGGGGGAUCUGGGCUGUGCAGAGGUGCGGGGGGGUGAGUUCCGGGCUCUCACCUCCCCUGUGACCCCCUGAGCCAGGUUCCCAGCAGGGUCUGGGUUUGUCUGGACUGUGACCGGGGGCAGGUGACAUUUAUUGAUGCUGGUGACAAGGCCCCCGAUCUUCACUUUCCCACCGGGCUCCGUCCCUGGGAAGAGAAUCCGCCCCUGGCUCUGGCUGGUGUGCAAAUCCUGGCUCAGACUGUGUCCCUGAGACCGGGGACCCUGAAAUUAGCAUCUCUAGUCUCUCACACCCCAGUCGCUAUGUCUCUGGAGUACUCCCAUCGACCCAGCCCCUGGCUCCUCAUCUCUAUGACCCCUGCAAGCUCCUCCCCCUCCCUGCAGCCCCAGGAGUGUGUGUGGGGCGGGGUGGGGGAGAACCCCUGGAGAUGCAGGAUGGGCAGAGGGGCCCUGAGGGGCAGAUGUGGGGGCUGAGCAGGGGGCAGAACUAACAGCCAGGCUGGGGACAGACAGAUGUGGGGGUGGCCGGGACACAGAAUGACUCAAUCAGGGUUUGGGGGGUUGGAGGAAGCUCCGCAGCAGCAGGGAGCGUUUUGUACCAAUCUGUGAGAUUAGAUCUCACUGGGGUCUCCCAGCCAGAGCUCCUGCCACAGGGCCCAAAUCACCUUCCCCUGGCACUAUGGGAGAGCCAGUAACACUAAUUGUCACACGGGGGAUGGGCAGGGAGAGUUCAAAAAAAUCAGAAGAUAAACCAGGAUACGUUAUAUAUUGUUUUGAACCCUCAUGGUUUGGUUUUUGGUUUUUUUUUUGGGGGGGGGGGGUCAAUUUCAUGAUUUUGGGUUCUGACUCAUGAUUUUUAAGUUCUAGGGUUGGCAACAAUGCCAGUGUCACAGGUUGGGAGGGCGCAGUCUGGGCUGAACCAGAGGAAACAGAGAAAACAAAAGGAAAAGAUCAAGUAAAACAAAAUAAACAGAGUCCUGGAGAAAGGGGUAUCAAACCAAGGAAAGGAAAACACUGUGAAGAGGGGAAUGGCCAAAGACAAUGAGAGCUGAAGGGAUAAACUCAGGGGAAUGAAUGGAGAACAUGAAGGGGAAGGAUCUGCUGUGACAGGGAUCAGAGGAGAGUGGAAGACAGAGAAAUAAACAGGAAUGGGAAAUGAGGGCUAGAAAAAUGGUGAGUCAAAAUGAACAGUAUGACGGAGAAGGGAGAAGAAAAGGGAACACAAGAGGGACAGAGAUUUAUAAAGCAUCACUGAAGUGGAGACUGUCACUCAUUAAUUUCAUAUGUUACUUCCUUGACUUUAAUUACACUAAAAUGGCAACAAAAGUAACUGUUCCCAAAACCUGUGGGUCUCUCUUCCAUUGUUGUGAUUAUUGAAGCUGUUUCUCAACUCUUUUGUACUCUGAGGGGUAUUUACAGUAAAUAAAGCAUGAAAAACAA